GUGAAUGGCAGCAGAAUGAACCUGCCUGUAUUUAUUGAAAAGAUGAUCAGUAUUCAAAGCAGUGGUGGAUAUGUUCUCUUGGAAACUGACUUUGGACUGUGGGUGAGAUAUGAUGGAAAUCACUACGCAGAAGUCUCUGUGCCCUCUAAUUACAGUGGUCUGCUCUGUGGCAUCUGUGGUAAUUAUAAUGAUGAUCCAAAUGAUGACAACAUAAAGCCCAACGGUGACACUGCGAGUAAUUCCACUGAUCUUGGACAGAGCUGGCUUGUGCCUGAGAAUAACACCAUAUGCUCCAGUGAGACAGAAGAGCAAUGUGAUCCUGUGCUGGAGAGUGAAGCAAAGAAGAACACGGCAUGUGGCAUGAUCACAGACCCAACAGGUAGUAUGUUGGUACUUCUCUGUGAGCCAAAAAGUUUUACUGAACCAAGCACAAUUAGUCCUGUAUGUUCACAUCAGACCUACCCUCAGAGAGAUCCAACAGUGUUUGACUACCCUCAGAGAGAUCCAACAGUGUUUGACUUCCUUUGUGAGCUGUAUGAAAGCUGGUUCACCAGUUCUUCCUGCACCGAACGCUGCACCUGCAAGGGAAAUAACACCAUUGUAUGCACAUCCUGGAAGUGUGGAGUCCGAGAGGAAUGCAGUAUUCUCGAUGGUGUGCUAGGCUGUCAUUCCAAUGGCCAAGCAACAUGUCAAGUGGCAGGAGAUCCCCAUUAUUUCACUUUUGAUGGAAUGAUGUACACUUUUAUGGGUACCUGCACCUACACCUUGGUUGAGGUUGUCAACAACAACAGCGUCAUUCCUAUAACCAUCCUUGGCAAGAAUGAAGACAGAGGACUAAGAGGCGCCACAUACCUGAAAGAAGUCUACAUAGAUGUGUAUGGUAUACGAAUCACCCUUCAGAAAAGCCAAGGAAUCCUGUGGAACAAUGAGAGAGUCUACACUCCAGUGGAGAACCGGUUGCAAGGCGUGUCCAUUGGAAAGGUUGGAAGAUUUAUAGUAGUGGAAACUGACUUUGGUGUGAUAGUGAAAUAUGAUGGCAACCACCAUUUGGAAAUCACCCUCCCACAGUCUUACUUCUCAAAGGUACAUGGCAUGUGUGGUAACUUCAACGAUAAUCGUGAAGAUGAUCUGUCCUUGCCCAAUGGUACACUUGUCAGCGUCACACAGUUUGGAAAUAGCUGGAAAGUGGAAAAAGACAGUGAUGAAGGUUGUUUACCAGACUUAAGAGAAGAUGAUGUUCCUCCUUGCACUGCUGAGAAUAAACCAGUCAUUGAAAGCCAGUGCAAUGUCCUAAAAUCAGACAAAUUCCAAGAAUGUCAUGAUCGAGUCAAGCCUGAAGACUUCAUACAGACCUGCAUCUAUGACAUGUGCCAGUAUGAUGGCAUGAAGUCUGCUCUCUGUGACAUAGUUCAAGUCUAUGUGGACACCUGCAGGAAUUAUGGAAUCACCAUUAAAUGGAGGAAUAGCACAUUCUGUCCAUUGCCCUGUACACCCCACAGCCACUACACAGACUGUGUCUCCUCCUGCCCAUCAACAUGCAAUGACAUUUUUGCCUCUUCCCUUUGUGAGAAGACAGAAGAGUGCACAGAGGGCUGUGAGUGUGAUGAUAAUUAUGUGCUCAGUAAUGGCAACUGUGUACCUCUGAGCAAUUGUGGCUGCAGGGAUGAUGACAACAACUACUACAGUGCUGGGGAGACCUGGAUAACAGCACACUGCACCAAAAAAUGCCAGUGUGAGAAGAACGGUGUCAUCACAUGUAGGAGCUAUGGCUGUGAUUCUCAAGAAACCUGCGUGAUCAAAAAUGGAAAACACAAGUGCAAUCCAACAGGUUUUGGGAAAUGCCAGAUCAUGGGCGACCCACACUACAUCACCUUCGAUCGUCUGACGCACCACUUUCAAGGGAAAUACACGUAUAUUCUGGCUCAGACCAUCCCUGACCUACCUGAUACUCUGACACAGUUCAGCAUUGAAGGCAUGAACAAUCCUCUUCCUGGACAUCGACACAUUACUUACCUGAAAGAGAUUAUCAUCAAUGUUUACAGUCACACAGUGCGAUUCAGACAGAAAAAUCAGAUUUUGUUGGAUGGUGUGAGGGUGAGACCCCCUGUUCGUCCUCAUGAAGGUAUUCAUAUAUAUCAGACGACAAGAAGAAUUUACCUGGAGACAGAUUUUGGCUUGUAUGUGAGCUUUGAUGGCAGUCAAAAUGGAGAAAUAAAGCUGGCUACCACCUACAGAAACAGAGUAGAAGGCUUGUGUGGUGACUUUGACGGGAUAUACAGAAAUGACUUCACAAAUCCAGAUGGUGUUUGGGUGAAGAACGUGAAUGUAUUUGGUGAGAGCUGGAAAGUUCCUCUGAAAAGAACAACCUCUCGUCUCAGACGAGAUGUCAGCUCAAAAGCUCAGUCUGAGGAGGAACCAGAUACAGGACUCUUCCAAGGCUGCAAUGAAAAUGAGCUGGGGCAAGAAAACAGAACUUCAAGAUGCCAAAUCCUGACUAACUCUAGUAGUCCUUUUGCACAGUGUCAUUCUACGGUCCCACCAGAUUUCUAUCUCACGAGCUGCCUGUUUGAUAUGUGUGUGGAAGGAGAUGAGGAUGCUAUCUUAUGUCGCAGUCUGGAGGAAUACGUACUGGCUUGUCAGGAGCAAGGAGUCCCUAUGGAAGGCUGGAGGCAACAGACAGUUUGUGGUAUAUCAUGUCCGGCCAACAGCAACUACAGCUCAUGCAUGUCUGCAUGCCCAGCGUCCUGCAACGACUUGACCAGCCCCUCUGAGUGUGAAUUACCUUGUAUUGAAGGCUGUGAAUGUCUCCCUGGCUAUGUUCUUAGUGGUUUGGACUGCGUGCCUUACAAACAAUGUGGCUGCACAUACCUUAACAAGUAUUAUGAGAUUGGAGAAAUAUUCACCACUGAUGACUGCUCUCAGACAUGCCAGUGCACAGAAAGCUCCACCGUCUCCUGCUCUAACAUAGUGUGUGGAUCUGAUGAAAUGUGUGGCAUUUCAAACUACAGUCGUGGAUGCUACAGGACUGCAGACUCUCCCACAGAUGAAAACCCUCCCACAGGGUCUCCUCCGGAUUAUACAGUUGCCAUUGUUCUUGGAGUUGUAGGAGGCGUAGUUGUUAUCAUCAUUGUCAUCUCCUCUAUACAGUACAUGUUCAGAUGCAAACUGAAAUAUGUCCUAACUCACAUAAAAGACUGUGUGGUCUUCAGAGGCUGUUUGAAAAAAGUCCAGACAAAAUUUACCAGCACAAGUGUGCUGCACACCAUCACAUACACACCUCUGACAGAUCGGCAGCUCCCUAUUGCGCUCUCGCACUUGCUAACAGUGCGAUUCUGUGAAUGUCAGGCGGUGCUGACCACGCUCGCCUCCCCUUGCAGUCGGUGGGAGCACUGGCUGGUCCCCACCCUGCAGGAUCCCAGCCCAGGCUCCCUCAAGCAACAGGGCCCAGCUGUGCCUAG